AUGGCAAGAAAAGGCACUUUCUACUCAUCAUCUCUCAUUCUCUUCUUGUUCUUCUUUGGCAUCCCUUCCUUGUCUGCUGAAGCAGCAUUGAAGAAGUAUCAGUUUGAUAUUCAAGGGAAAAAUGUGAGCAGAUUGUGUCAUACCAAGCCCAUUGUAACUGUAAAUGGGAUAUUCCCAGGACCUACUAUUUAUGUUAGAGGAGAUACAGUUCAAGUCAAUGUUACAAACUCUGCUCAAUAUAACAUGUCUAUCCAUUGGCAUGGAUUGAAGCAGUUCCGCAAUGGCUGGGCAGAUGGACCUGCUUAUAUAACACAGUGUCCAAUCCAGACUGGGAAUAGCUACACUUAUGAUUUCAAUGUCACAGGCCAAAGGGGAACCCUAUGGUGGCAUGCACAUAUUUUUUGGCUGAGGGCAACAGUCCAUGGUGCCAUUGUGAUCAUGCCUAAACAAGGAACCCCAUUUCUAUUCCCACAGCCUCACAUGGAGUUUAAUAUACUCUUGGAUAAGUAG